AUGGUAUCAUGUUUACUCUAAUUAACUAUUCAGAACACCAGCGCUUUUUGGCCGGCGUUGGCUUCUGGAUGGCAAUAAACGUAAUUGCGGUAUGAUGACUAGUUCGGUUUUCCUGGUCUUUUUCCACGACUCUCUUUCUUGGCCCAUAUAUUUCCCUUGAGCCCUCGCAUGGUACCUACGUAAACCUGUCUAUACAUUUUUGCAAAAAACGAUGAUAACUGAAAUAGGCCGAUAAUUUGCAGUAUUCGAACAUUGUUACAUGCAGCCUCAAGCGGUCGAUGUUUGCUAAAGUAAUGGAAGACGAUGAACUACGGGUGUUUGUCAACCCUCCCACCGUUGGCGAUUCAACAUGGUCAUUUAGUGUUUUCUUAAAUUUUGUCUGAUUUUUAAAGCAUGCCCUAUAUCAACAAACUGGGGACAUAACGGUUAUUAAGGUGAGUUAUACGGCAUGGUUAAAAAUUUUAUUUUUAAAAGUUUUACCUUGGACGUUGUCUGUUUUGUUUAGUACUUUACCAGAAUCCCCAAGAAUCAUUCUGGAUGUCCAGUAGAAUCCUUGGUAAUAUUACGCAUGAGCAAUAUGGCCUACUUAGAUUAAAUGGCGAGGAAUUGCUAUGUAACCCGCUUGGGGGAGACUGGUGUUAGCUAUAAACCUAACGCCAGUCCUAGUUAUGCCUUCAGCGGAAAAUCUCUAACCAUUAAGUAUUUAAGGGAAAGUCGAACAUGCCCGUAACAUAAAUCAAGCCCUACAAACCCUAGCCCUAACCUCUAUCCAAAAUUCGAAUCGUAGUUCAAGCCCGGAACCUCUAUUCCCAAGAACAACCCAGUUAACAUCAAUUUUAACUGUCUUUCAGACUCCAACUUUGAGCCGAAAACGGACAACUUCAAUAUCGGGAACGCUAUUGGAUGUCAAAAUAUGCUUUCUGCAUGACCCCUUUCGGGACCUACUGAGAACCAAACUACUGUGA